AUGUUGAACCGCUGGCUUUUGGCAGUCCUGGGACCAGUGUCUGCGGCUGCGACCCGCCUCUUCAUUGCCGACUAUGGCGGUACUUUGACAGCUAUAUCCUUGACCGCAAGGGACGAUAAUUACACCGCAACCGUGAUCUACACUACACAGGAGUGCGCACCGAAUCCAGGUUGGCUCACAAUCGACCCUAGUGAGAGCGUACUGUACUGCCUGGGCGAAGGUCUGGGCACCGAUACUCAAAAUGGUUCCACACUGAGUUCUUUCUUGAUCAAUGCUGAUGGCACGCUAAAGCGUGUCAAGACCGACACCACAAUCUCGGGGGUUGCCAACGCCGUUGUCUACGGAAACGCAACGACGCAACAAGCUCUUGCAGUCGCCCACUAUAACGGCUCUGCGGUCUCUACAUGGUUUUUGCACGGCAAGGGUGAAUUCAGCCUCAAUCAAGUCUUUCCAUUCACAAUGCCGCAUCCAGGACCUGUAGCUGACAGACAGAAUGGCCCACAUCCUCACGAAACCAUCCUAGAUCCCACAGAGCAAUACUUGGUGGUGCCAGACCUAGGUGCAGACCUAGUUCGUGUAUUCUCGUGGGACCAAGACACAUCUGACCUUACCCCGUUGGAACCUUUGAAGGCUGCGCCGGGCUCUGGGCCAAGACACGGCGCUUUCUGGAAUCCAUAUGGUCUCGGCUGCGCAACGGGAUGCCCUACCUACUUCUACGUCGUAUCGGAGUUGGCUGGCACUGUAACAGGCUACGAGGUGACAUAUAAACCUAACCGCGGCGGUCUUUCGUUUCGCGAAGUCUACAAAGCACCCUCUUACGGCAUCCUCACUGAGGGUAAAAUCACGCUGCCAUCAGAAGUCCACGUAUCCCCUGACAGUCAAUACCUUGUGAUUGCGAAUCGAAACGACUCUACCUUCUCCAUACCACAGCGCAAUGGAUCUGUUGUAGUCUCCGACUCGCUCACAACAUUCGCGCUCCAGUAUGAUGGCACACUACUUUGGCACCAGACAUGGCCCACCGGUAAGCCAGCAUGUCGCAUUCUUCACAAGGCCCCUUCGCUGAUUCAAUCUGUCUCAACAGGAGGUUCAAUUCCGCGCCAUUACAGCAUCAACUCCGCAGGCACCCUCGUAGCAGUCGGUAACCAAUACGAUCAGAACGUAGCUAUCCUACUACGCGACCCGAGCAGUGGAUUGGUCGGUAAGGAGGUGGUAAAGAUCGAAUUGACAGGCAACGUCACUUGUGUCGUCUGGGACGAGGAAACUUCAGUGAACACUUUCGGGUAUUGA